AUGGCGUCGGACAGCUCCAGGUCACCCGUCAGGAUCUCAAAGGUCACUGAUCGGUACCUGCUCUUCGACAUUGACGAUAUCAUGUACCUCCGCCGUCACCACAAUAUCUGCUCGCCCUUUGUAGGAACCAUGCCGCAAGCCCCGUCGCAGAGCGUCUUCAUGGGCCUGCCCAUUGAGUUGAUGGCAGAAGAGGCCAUGGUGCUCGUGCGCAAAAAGGCGGCCUACGUAGUCGACGAUGCCGCGUUUCAUCCGUCGCGGCUGGCGUCCCCCGACCCCGCUGUGCGCGCUGCCUAUCUCCAAGCCAUGAAGCAGGAUGGACUGGGCGCCGCCACCGCCGCACGUGAAUACGCAGAGUUUAGAAAGGUACAGGGCCUCAACAAGGCCAAGGCCAAGGGUAAGAAAGCGCAAAAGACCAAAGAAGAUACGUCGUCCAUCACCAGUGCCGGUGCCGUUACCAGCUCCAAAGAGCCAGACAAUGCUGCAGCAGAAGCAGCAGCCUCUGUAGAUGAAGAGUUGAACCUCUUUGAUUCGUCGGAUUCCCAAGUGACCAAGCAGGCCAACAAGCCCAAAGCAUCGGUAGCGGCCAUUGAACCUUUUGCCAUUACGCCCGUCACUAGCGGCGCAUUGAUGGACCCCCCGCCGUCCGUGGACGAGGAAGAGGAUACCGCGUCGCUGGUUGAUGCUCCCCGCGGCUACCCCCUCUAUGCUCACCUCCACGAUCAUGGCUACUACAUGAUGCCUGGUCUGCGGUUUGGCUGUGACUACAAUGUCUAUCCUGGUGACCCCCUGAGAUACCACAGUCACUUUCAAGCGACGCAUUAUGGCUGGAAUGACGAGAUUAAGCUGCUGGACAUUGUUGGCGGUGGAAGACUAGGCACCAAUGUCAAGAAGGCUUACUUGAUAGGCGGUGCAACUGCUGGCGAGGGCAAGACGAGCGGUGAGGUCGUCGGUGGGCAUGGGGUCAAGGCAACCAGUGCCACUGGACCUCCAGUCAGAGCUUUCAGCAUUGAAUGGGCUGCCAUGUAA